CCCCAGGGCAGUGAUUGGGGACACUGCCCUGUGUAGGGUGCCGUCUUUCGGAUGGGACAUUAAACGGGUGUCCUGACUCUCUGAGGUCAUUAAAGAUCCCAUGGCACUUAUCGUAAGAGUAGGGGUGUUAACCCCGGUGUCCUGGCUAAAUUCCCAAUCUGGCCCUCAAACCAUCAUGGUCACCUAAUAAUCCCCAGUUUACAAUUGGCUCAUUCAUCCCCCUCCUGUCCCCUGUAACUAUUCCCCAGGUCGUUGCUGCAAAUGAGAACGUGUUCUCAGUCAACUUACCUGGUAAAAUAACGGUAAAAUAAAAAAUAAAAAUAAAAAAAAUAAUAAAAAAUAAGGCACAGUAUAACAUUACUGUGAGACAAAAAACCCAUUGUUUUUUACAUUUUAGGAUGAUUGUAUGAAUGGUCAAAUUUGUCUCAUACAGCAACAACUCAACAACACGUGCCACUAGGAAAAAGAUGUGCUUUGAUUGAAACAAAACACUAGUAUUCUACAGUUUCUUAACACCACCUUCUCUACAUCUACACGCUGUACAUAACUAAAUAGAUCUAAAUGCAUAUUCCCAUGAAAUUGAUUGAGAUCAAAUGGUUGGCAUGCAGAUGCUGCAUGGACAUUUCACUGGUUAAACUUGAAGAAUUAUAACUCACAAAUGACAGUGAGAAAUGUGAAGGGAGGGUGACCACGAGAAUGUGUGUGUAAAGUCACGGUAAAGAAACAUAUGCGCAAUACAUGAUACAGAUCUUUCCAGGAGAUCAAGAGGGGCGGAACGAGGGCUGUACGGAUGGUUACCUACAGAUCCACCCCCUUGGCCUAAAUAAAUAGGCUUACAGGAAACCCUCUCUGAAUAACCUUUAAACUGACUGGGAGUAGACCAUAGACCGUAAAGGAACACACGGGGCAAGGUAGGUUUACUCUUCACGAAUCACACGCACGCAUGUUUCAAAAUUGUGAUUAUAAUAACUUACAUAAUAUUUAUCCUGUGUGAAAUGUCUAGUGAUGGCAGCAUAACAAAAAGCAUAUACUAUAACUGUUACAUUUUCCCUUAUUUGAUCAAACUGAAUUUCACCGUUACAUGAAUGGUGACCACUGUGUUGUGAACGGAGAGGGAUUGGUGACGUUUCAUGUUCUCUGUGAUAAUGUUGCGAUAUUUGCCACUAGUUUGAUGGGUUAGACAUUUCCUUUUCAGUUUAAAAAUAAAAUAAUUUUGGUGGGAUUAAAAUGUAAAAAUAAUUUUCUGUAUGUGAUGUCAAUGCCACCCAUAAAAAGAAAAAAGCUGACAAAUGUUAAUCGCUUUAUCUCUCUCUCUCAGAAAAAUGGACAAAAUGUGGAAUAGGAUUAUUUUUUGUGGACUGGUGGUCUGUCUCAUCUGCCUCACUGAACAGACUCAGGGCCAGAAAACACCUUUAGUUGUUCAAGGGACAGAUUGCACACAGAUCAAAACUCUCUCCCCUCGAGCCACCAGUGGAGUGUAUGUCAUUCAACCUGCAAGAGUCAGAUUCCCCUUUAAGGUGUAUUGUGAGAUGCUGGCAGACGGAGGCUGGACAGUCUUUCAAAAGCGCACUGGGGCAGAGGUUCUUUUCAACAAGACGUGGGCUGAAUACGAACAAGGCUUUGGGCCUUUACAUAAGGACCACUGGCUUGGUCUGAGUAAGGUGUUUGCUCUAACCAAGGGGGGCCGGGGGCUGAACUCGACUAUGCGGGUCAACCUGUGGGACUUUGAAGGUGGCACUGCCUUCGCUGAGUACAGCAACUUCCGUCUGGGCACGGAGAAGGAGAGCUAUAAGCUGAACGUUGGAGCCUACAAGGGCAACGCAGGUGAUGCCAUCCGUGGGAAAUACGCCAGCAUUGACCAGAACGGCUUUGGCUUCAGCACAACCGACAAGGACAAUGACGGCUGCUCACCCUGCAUCUUAUUUGGCGACAUCGCCGUGGACAAGUGCAGCUUCUUGGAUGGAGGAGGGUGGUGGUACAGUCGCUGUGGUUCUGCCAGCCUGAACGGUGACUGGCACCCCGCCGGCGAACACAUCGGCUGGAACUCUGGCCUCCACUGGGCGACCUGGAAAGGACCUGCCCCAUACUCAACCCGAGCCAGCCGCAUGAUGAUAAAGUCUGUGUGGGAGAAGAUUAUUAUAGCAAACUAAAACUGAAACUUAAACUAAUCAUGAAAAAAACGAUUUUGUAAACUGAAAUAAAAGCCCAUUUAAAAAACUAAAACUAUGCUGAAACUAUUAUCUUUGCCUCCAAAACCAAAUAAAUUUUUUAAAAACAUCAUGAAUUAUGUUCAGUUAUAUUUAUACUUUUGGGCAAAAAUCUAAUGGGAUUUUCAAGCCUUUUUCUAAUGGGGUUUUAAAGUUUCUGAAUCUGGUGGGUAAAUUCUGCCAGGAGAUUGCGACGUUUCAGAUAGGCCUAGCUUGUGCAACACUAUCACUAGCUAACAGGGGAAAAUCCAAUAAUUGAUGUCCCUAACACUAAAACUUCAACUGAAAAUAAACUUCAUAAAAACGCAAAAGCUUUGUUUUUAUUACAUUUACGUCAUUUAGCAGACGCUCUUAUCCAGAGCGACUUACAAAUUGGAAAGUUCAUACAUAUUCAUCCUGGGCCCCCCGUGGGAAUUGAACCCACAACCCUGGCGUUGCAAGCGCCAUGCUCUACCAACUGAGCCACACGGGACCACACGGG